AGGCGGCUGGGGGGGACGGCGGUAGAUGGCGCACCGCUAAAGCGCUGGGCCUGCCGGAACGUUUCUUCUCGGGGAGCGAGUUCCGCGGGGAAGGGUUCCGGCGGCGCACCAGGGCGGCUCGGCAAGAUGGCGGUGCCCAGCGCCCGCUGCCUGUGGCGAGCGCUGGCCCCGCGGUGCGGCUGGGCCCUCGCCGGGCUGGAGCAGCGCCUCGCCGUCCCCGCCGUGCCGAGCCCCGCCACAACCCGGCCCUACGCGGCGGCAGCAGCCAAAGCUGCCAAAAAAGACGCCAAGAGGAGCAGGCAGGAGAAGGGGAAGGAGCCGGCCAGGGAGAAGCCCCUCCCUCGGAGGCGGCCGCUGAUGAGCAAGCCCGUGGACGACGUGUACCUGACUUGGCUCUACAGGAGACCCUCCUACGGGCUGGAGCAGGCCGUGGCCAUGCUCAAGAGCUUCCAGGAGCUGGAUUUCACCCACCCCAAGCAGUUUGUCUACAUCAACGUGUUCCUGGACAUGGCUCUGCAGAAGAAGAAAAAAGUGGAUCCUUUUUCCAGCGGUGUCUCUCUUCCCCAUCACUUUACGGACGAGGUGAACAAGGUUUUGGUGUUCACAGAGAACGAGCAGGAAGCUGAGGCAGCUCGGGAGCACGGGGCUGCCAUCGUGGGAGGAGUUGAAUUAAUCAAAUGGAUCCUGGAGGAUGAAAUCCAGGCUGAUUUCUACGUGGCUGUCCCUGCCAUCAUCCCCAAGCUCAUCCCCCUGAGGAACAAACUGAAAAAGAAGUACCCCAGCAUCAAGAGAAAUUCCCUGGGCAGUGACAUUCCCAGGAUGGUGCAAUUCUUCAGAGAAUGUCACGAGUACUCUGUGCAGGACGAGAGUGUCAUCAAGACAAGAAUAGCCAGACUGGAUAUGCCCACUGAGCACAUCAUUGCCAACCUGAGAGCAAUCAUCCACGACAUCUGCACCUUCAAGCCCUCCAAUUUUGAUCCCAUUGUGCAGAGGUUGGUGAUCAGAUCCUCCACCAGUGAAGGCUUGCUGCUGAACCUCGAUGGAAUCCUGCCUCGGGUGGAGAAAGCAGAAGAAAAAGAGGAAGAAAAUGCAGCUGGUGAGGACCAGCAAAAACCUGCCCAGGAAUCCCUUGGUGCCUGAUGUGUUUUCCUCGUGGACCUGGCGCUGGAGCUGGGGAGGCAAACGGUCUCGCUCAAAUCAUGCUCUGUGAGAGCAAAAAAUAAAUGGAACUCGUGGA